AUGUCAGGUACAAUAGAAGAUGCAUCGUUACAUUACUUUUAUAUAUUCAAUCCAAAGUUAGGACAGAAAGAAGGUCGUGAACAUGAAAAGAUUCUAUAUUUCUAUCCACAAGCAAACUUUUCGAUUGGUAUUCAAACAAAUUUCGUAGGUUUAACUGAAGCCUAUGUAUUAUGUACAAAACAAUUCUCACCGGAUAAACCAUGUGAAGCAAUUCAUACGAUGAAACAUACGAUUGCAUUGCGUCAGGUUGAACCUGAUAUCUGGAUGGUGAUUGCUCUCAACAAUACCAGUGGUGUCGUCAACAACAAGAAAGAGUAUUUGGAGAAUGAGAUUGACGAUAUCAUAUUGCAGACGACGCUACAGCAGCUCUAUGAUAUCUGGCGGCUGUUCAAUGGCCCAAUGUCAGAGAUUGUUAAGCGCACCUCGUACGAUCAUCUCAAGAAGCGAUUGGAUGCCUUUAUCAAACCGUACUUGGAGCAGAUUGCAUUCGAUCAGCUGGAUCUCUUCACAUCGCUCGACGGAAUUCAAUUCUUGCCGGUCGACAAGAACGUCUAUCUGAAACUGCUGGCAAUGAUCAAUGGCACUGAAAUAGCGUUCCAAUCGGCGUGUCCAUCGUUUAGAUUCGGUGCACUCUACUACAAAGACAACCUGCUCUGGUCGUCGCUCCAACAGAAUCACAUACGUUCACUCAACCACUAUCUAAUACAACUGGUAAAGAUCGGUGUAGAUAGAUCCGCUGUAAACUCUAUAAUGGUUAUCAACACUGGUGAUCAUGAAGUUGUUUGGUCAACAAAAGGUCAAAAAUCAAAGAGUGGAUACUUUACGGAAUCAAUGAGUAGUGUAAAGACAACAUUACCUGUUAUACAUAUUGGAGAACAACUGUGUUAUAUGAUUAUAUAUGAACAAAGAGAUACUGUUUGUGUAUUCCUGGUGAACGAAGAAGAUUUAGAUCAAUUGAAACUAGAGGAAGUACGUGAAUCCAUUUCAUCACACAUCGAUUAUAUUUAUCCAGUAUUAGAAACAAAUUAUUCAAAGAAAUCAUUUAUGGAAGAGCAAUAUAAAUAUAUAUUUUUCAAUCAAAUGAAUCUUGCUAUCAAAGCAUCGUUAAAGUUAAAGGGUGUAGAACUUACAAAGGAGACACUAAAGAUACUGAAUGAAAUGCACGCAGACUUUGAGAAUAGACCGGAUAUAUCGGAAUCGACUGUCAAGACUCAAAACGAUCGGUGGAUAGUCGGAAGAAAAACAGAUUCAAGAGAGUUUUACGUUAUCUUUGAUACCAAAACAACAAGUCUAUUGGAAAUCAAUGGAAAUCAAGACACUAAUGUCAACAUUCUUAAAGAAUCAUUUCAUAGAUUAAUCGCUUUGGUAACUUCAAAUAAUAUUCAAUCAUCAAAACAACUACAACAACUUCCUGUCAUAAAUUAA